AUGAAACGUCCUGGAAAUGUAAUACUGCCCGCAUAUUUAGCGACAGUCACUCUUCUGCUUUACCUGUCUUCAGUCAGAGGUGACUACUGUGAGGUGAAUCAUUGCCAUAAUGGAGGAACAUGUGUGACGGGGGUUGGUGAGGAUCCCUUCAUCUGUAUCUGUGCAGAUGGAUUCGGCGGAGACACCUGCAACCUGACAGAGACAGGACCUUGCAGUCCUAACCCCUGUAAGAACGAUGGGUCUUGCGAGAUCAUCGCUCCGACCAGACGAGGAGACGUUUUCAACGAGUACUUCUGCAAGUGUCAGCCCGGCUUUGAGGGAGCUCACUGCCAGAUCAAUGAGAAUGACUGUGCCAACCAGCCUUGUAAGAAUGGAGGGAUGUGUAGAGAUCUUGAUGGAGACUACACCUGCCAGUGCCCCUCACCUUAUGUUGGGAAGCAGUGCCAGCUACGUUGUAUUUCUCUGCUGGGGAUGGAGGGAGGAGCAAUCGUGGAGUCCCAGAUUUCUGCUUCUUCUGUGCACUACGGCGUUCUGGGUCUUCAGCGGUGGGGUCCAGAGCUGGCUCGGCUCAACAACCAAGGCAUCGUCAACGCCUGGACGUCCGCCAUUCAUGACAGGAACCCUUGGAUCGAGAUCAACAUGCAGAAGAAGAUGCGUCUGACAGGAAUCAUCACUCAGGGUGCCAGUCGCAUGGGCACGGCGGAGUAUGUCAAGGCCUUCAAAGUGGCAAGCAGCUUUGAUGGAAACACUUAUACCACAUACAGAGUGGAAGGCCAACGGAGAGACAAGGUGUUUGUGGGCAACACAGAUAACGACAGCACAAAGACAAAUCUUUUCGAUCCUCCUAUUGUGGCCCAGUACAUCCGUAUCAUCCCUGUGGUUUGCCGCCGGGCCUGUACUCUGCGCAUGGAGAUGGUGGGCUGUGGACUCAAUGGUUGCUCAGAGCCUCUGGGUAUGAAGUCUCGCCUCAUCUCAGACGGGCAAGUUUCAGCCUCCAGCUCUUACCGAACAUGGGGCAUUGAUACUUUCACAUGGCACCCUCAGUUCGCCCGACUGGAUAAGCAGGGAAAGACCAACGCCUGGUCUCCUGCCCAUAACAACCGCUCAGAGUGGAUCCAGGUCGAUCUAGAGAAGACGAAGCGCCUCACAGGCAUCAUCACUCAGGGCGCCAAGGACUUUGGGGUGGUGCAGUUUGUGGCAGUGUUUAAAGUUGCUUACAGUAACGAUGGCGAGUCUUGGAGUACUGUGAAGGACGAGAAUACCAGCAAUGAUAAGCUUUUCCAAGGCAACAUGGACAACAACGCUCAUAAGAAGAAUGUAUUUGAGCCACCGUUCUACGCCCGAUACAUCCGAGUCGUCCCCUGGGAGUGGCACGAGCGCAUCACUCUACGCAUGGAGCUGCUGGGCUGCGAUGACUAAAAAAGUUGUAAGUCACCAUCAAUCAGUGCCCCCUCCUCAUCCAACAU